AUGGUAUCGUGCAUCAAACUGGUAUCCGGUGUAAUCCAGACCAUAAUUGGUGCACGCAAAAUAGCUAUGAGUAAGUUUGACACCAAGCUCCUGCCAUACGAAACCCUCGAGAAGCGUAUCAAAAUUAUUGACGGUAGAUUAGGACAUCCAUUGUCUUUGACAGAAAAAAUGCUACAUUCUCACUCGGAUGAUCCUGUUAAUCAAGAUAUCGAGCGUGGUGUAUCUUACUUAAAAUUAAGGUCUGAUCGUGUGGCAAUGCAAGAUGCUACUGUUCAAAUGGCUACACCUGAUCUUACACAUCCUAUUUCAAAACGCACCACACAAACCAAACCGGCGGUCGCUACCACUAAUGAAUCAAUCAUUGUACCAGGGUUCCCAAAACCCAAUGGCCAAACUCAAUCAAAUCCAUACGACGGACCCGAACGUGAUCUUGUGAAUUUUCCCAGAAUGGUGAGGUUAGAAGAACCUGCCAAAACUAGGUAUUUGUUCGUGCCCGAAGAGUGUUUUGAAGUAUUUUACAAAAAGACUGGAGUCACAGGUCCAUAUGUUCUUGCUGCUGGUGUUACAACUUAUUUAUUGAGUAAAGAAAUUUGGGUAGUUGAACAUGAAUUCCCUUAUGUAUUGGCUACUGUUGGUUUGUUUUACAUUGGAUGGAAAAAAUUUGGAACACCUUUAGCUAAUUUCCUUGAUAAAGAGAUUGAUGAAUAUGAAGCAUCGUGUAAUGCUAGACGUCAAGGUGAAAUUGAUGGUUUAAAAGAAAACAUUGAAAACCAAAAAACAGAAACAUGGAGAACUGAAGCUCAACAACAUGUAAUUCAAGCAAAGAGGGAGAACGUAGCUAUUCAGUUAGAAGCUAUUUACCGUGAACGAGCUCUUCAAGUUUACAACCAAGUAAAAAGGCGUUUGGAUUAUCAACUGGAUUUGGCUAUCUUGACACGUUCUGUACAACAAAGACACAUGGUUAACUGGAUCAUUGAAAAUGUUCUUAAGUCUUUAACAAAUGAACAAGAAAAGCAAAGUUUUAAAAAGUGCAUGGUCGAUUUACAAGCUUUAGCUGCAAAAGCAUAAAUGUAAUAUCAGUUA